AUGUCUUCUCCCGCCGCCGCACCUGACAAAGAGACGUUGAAGCUCCUUCUCCCCCUCCAAUACGAUGGGAAAACUGUUGUCGAGUGCAACCGCUUCAUCUCCCACCUCCUCGAUGGUGACGCACGAGCCUGGGCCACUCCCAUCUUCGCCCAGCUUGCCGCUUUCCAUAUUGGGACUCAGGGAGCGACAACGCCCUUCGCCGACGAAACGACCUUCCUCACGGCGUUCAAAGCCCGUUUCGGCAACCUCGACGACGCCGCUGCGGCACAGGUAGAGCUCACCAAGCUCUGUGCUGACAAAACCAUGCGAGAGAAGCGCACCGCCGCAGAAUUCUCUGCGCUGUUCAAGGGUCUGGCGGACCGUUCCGGGUAUGGGGACCUGGAACUACGCGACAAGUACCUGAGUGGCAUCCCUUCCCGCGUCUAUCAAAAGAUCGAGCUCGAAACCUUUGCCACGUGGCAAGCCACUGACAAGCGCACCACCAAGGUCGAGCAAAUCCUCGACGUCAGCCGGGCCCGGCAGCCCGAGUUGAACAACUUCUUCUCGACCCGAGGUCGAGGACGCGGAGGGGCACGUGGUGGUGCACCCCAAUCCCACGCAACUUCGGCCAGCAUCAACGCGGCCGUUGGAAAAGGCAACUUCCCUGGCACUUGCUUUGGCUGUGGGAAGCAACAAGGGUACCAACGUUUCGAGUGCCCCAACUGUAAGGACAAGCCUUACACAAAACGCGCCGACGCGCGGGCUACGGUUGCCUCGGGCUCCACCCAGGCUGCGACAAGCGCCCCCAUCACGACAUCACCCUCGGCAAGUAUAAGUGCCGCUUCAGCGAAAUCCGAGCAAUCGGAGCUGGCGGACUUAAUGGCACAGGUGAAGUCGAUGCGCGAGGAGCUCGAGCACUAUCGGGCAAUGAAGGAGGAGGGUUUUUGA